AUGGAGAAUUUGGAGAAGCAGAAUUUGCAAUUACAACUGGAAAAGAUGACGCGAAAACACGAUGAUCUUUUCAAGGAGUACCAAAAUGCAUUACGCGAUAUCGACGCUAAUGCAAUCAUAUUCGAACAAGAGAUUGAAAAUCAUCGCCAGGACUAUCGAAAACUUGAUGAAGUUCAUGCCCAAUGUGGCCCUGCAGCUGAUAGAAUUACCGAAAUUGCCAGUUGGAGUCGUGAAGCGUAUAACGAUGUUGUCAGCGAUCGGGUGCAGGAAAUCACCAGAAAAAACCAAGUAAUCGCACGCCUUGGUCAUCAAGAAGAACGAGACGAAUUGCGUAAUAAGUACGAAGUUGAAACGGCUAAUUUCCAAAAUGAUAUCAACGAACUCGACAUGGAAGUAGCUAGACUUCAACAGCUGGAAAAAGAACACAGCAAAUGCGCCUCCUCCAAGUCAUUUAGCAGCCUUCAACGUAACAUUAAAAGUUUGGAAGAUAAAUUGUCAAAAGGCUCUGAAAUAGAUUUGCAAAAUGAGCUGGAUCAGAUGAGAAAUCAAAGAGAUAGCGCACAAAAGAGUUUUGAAGAUAGUCUCGAGAAGCAGGCAAAAAGAUGUUUUGCUGUCGAACUUCCAGUCACUGUCGAAAGUAUCAUGAACGUUCGGAUGUCUAAACUCUCCGAAAGGACUUGUAGGUAG